GGAUGUCGUUUAAAAUUAUAUUUUAUAGGCAAUGGGUUGUUGAAUAUUUCAAUCUUUUUUCACCUGAGGAAAUGGACUUUGCUGACUCACACCUGAAGGAGGAUUUAAGAAAUAAUUCAGCAUGGAAUUAUCGUUAUUUUAUUUGCUUGAAUUUGAGUGAUCGUUUUCAACAAAAUCAAUUUUUGCAGAGUGAAAUAGAUUAUGUCUUAAAUUUUCUACGGAUUUCACCUUGUAACGAAAGUGUCUGGAGUUAUCUGAAUGGGUUUGAUUUUUUUGAAUAA